CCCAGCGGGAGGGACAUGAGUGUCCCUGGGCCGCCUUCCCCGGACGGGGUCCUGGCAGGGCCACCCGAAGUCCUGGAGGCCGGGGUCCUGACGCCAGGUUUAAGUGACACUUCUCCAGAUGAAGGGUUAAUAGAGGACUUGGCCGUAGAAGAUAAGGCCGUGGAGCAGCUGGCAGAAGGCUUGCUUUCUCACUACUUGCCAGACCUGCAGAGAUCGAAACAAGCUCUCCAGGAACUCACACAGAACCAAGUUGUAUUAUUAGACACACUGGAACAAGAAAUUUCAAAAUUUAAAGAAUGUCAUUCUAUGUUGGACAUUAAUGCUUUGUUCACUGAAGCUAAACACUAUCAUGCCAAGUUGGUGAAUAUAAGAAAAGAGAUGCUGAUGCUUCAUGAAAAGACAUCAAAGUUAAAAAAAAGAGCACUUAAACUUCAGCAAAAGAGGCAAAAAGAGGAGUUGGAAAGGGAGCAGCAACGAGAGAAGGAAUUUGAAAGAGAAAAGCAGUUAACUGCCAAACCAGCUAAAAGGACGUGAGAAGUCAGAUGUUGGUAUCAUUCCUAUUCCUGUUCCUGUUCUGGAUUUAAGAUGAUCCGGUGUAGACUUAAUGUUAAGGUAGUGCCUUGUACCACUGUGUUCUGUUUUGAAAUCCUUUUCCAGGAGUGCUGUCUCUCUUC